GGGAGGAGGAGGAGAGCGGGAGGAGGAGGAGGGAGGUCGGCUCGCGGAGCUGGAGAGCGCGGCCGCCUCGGCAGGUUGGGACCCGAGCUCGCGGCUUCCGGAAGGCGCCGAGGUCGGAUAAAUACAUCCCGGGCGCCGGGGAGCAGGGGACGCUGCCCGCACCGCCCGCACCGCCGUCCGCAGGGCGCCAAGCCGGCCGGCUGAGCGCGGCGCCCGCUCCUCCUCCUCCCGCGGCCGGCGCGGUGCAGCGGAGAGCGGCGGGCUCGGCCGCCGGCGCCGGGCCGCAGAGCCGAUGAGCGGCGGCGGCUGAGGGCCAGGGCUGGCCUUUGCCCGCCGUCUGCCCGGCGCCCGAUCGGGGCCGCAGCGCCCGGGGCGCGGGGUCCGCGCCGGUGCCAUGGGGGCGGACUGACGCGCCGGGGCGGCCAGCACUCGCUCUCGAGCCGCGGGCCCUGCUCGGAGGCGGCGGCGGGCGCCUGGCGCGGCGCGCUCUGCCCGGGGCGCCCGCGGGAGCCUCCGCUGCGCUCUAUGCGCCUCUGCGGGCGCCGCGGGCCCGGGCCAUGGCGAUAGACCGGCGGCGCGAGGCGGCGGGCGGCAGGCCCGGGAGGCAGCCACCCCUGGGCGAGGAGAACGGCUCCCUGCCGCCCGGGGACGCGGCGGCCUCGGUGCCCCUCGGGAGCGGCGCGGGCCCCAGUAGCGGCGGGGAGAUCCAGUCGCUGCCCUCCCCGCACCCCGGCGGCGGCCCUCCCUCGAGCGGCUCCGCGGCGGCCCCCAGCCUCCUGUUGCUGGACUACGACGGGUCGGUGCUGCCCUUCCUCGGGGGUCUGGGCGGGGGCUACCAGAAGACCCUCGUGCUGCUCACCUGGAUCCCGGCGCUGUUCAUCGGCUUCAGCCAGUUCUCGGACUCCUUCCUUUUGGACCAGCCCAACUUCUGGUGCCGCGAGGCCGGCAAAGGCGCCGAGCUGGCGGGCGUCACCUCCACGGGCCGGUGGGGAGCCUACGACGGGGCCACCUGGAACAGCCCCCCGACCACCUCCUUCUCCACUGCCGCCUGGGGGCCCGCGGGCAACCUCAGCAACAGCAGCGGAGCGGACAGGGGCGACAGGCCGCCCCUGGGGUCCCCUCCGGACAAGGGGGACAACGCCUCUAACUGCGACUGUCACGCGUGGAACUAUGGCAUCCGCACAGGCCUCGUCCAAAACGUGGUCAGCAAGGGUCGGCCGGCGGCCUGUGCUGCUCUGUUCCAUCAUCUUCAUUCUGAUCUUUGGCCUGACCGUGGCCCUGUCCGUGAACGUGACGAUGUUCAGCACGCUCAGGUUCUUCGAAGGAUUCUGCCUGGCUGGAAUCAUCCUCACCUUGUAUGCAUUACAGUUCGAAUUAUCCACAUUCUCAUGUGCCUGGAUAUGGCUUUAAGUGUUCUGGACUCAAAUCCCAUGCAUUGGUACUAGAAGAGUAAAUGACAGUAUUGGUUAGCAUUUGUUCUUUUUAGGGUGAAGAAAAAUUUUCCUCCAUUAAUUCCUCAUGUUUGUUGGACAUAUUAACUCCUUCAUCCAAUCUGGUUAUGUUUUACUUCUUUGAAGUCGGUGUUUUCUAGAACACAGCCACAAACUCCUACAAAGGAGGAAGGUUUUAGGCAUAAAUGUUUUUACUUAUUUUCUAGUUUUAUGCUUUCUAAUCACCUGGUGGAAAGAACUGUUAGGAAUAAUGUAAAAUGAUUUAUAAUAUGUUUUGUCUUUUUCUUUCCUUUUAACAACAUGGGCAGGAGUCAGUUAUAGAUUAAGUAGCAUUUUCCAGUGAGGUCAAAUAAGAAUAGUCCUGCUUCUCUUAAGUGCGCUUAUUAAAACUAGACAACACUUUCAGGUUACUUGAAUUUUUGUCCCUCUAUUAUCUAGAACUAGAGGCCCGGUUCAUGAAAUUUGUGCACUUGGAGGGGAGAGGGUUGGGUCCCUCAACCCGGCCUGCACACUCUCGUAGUCCAGGAGCCCUCAGGGAAUGUCUGAAUGAUGGCUUAGGCCUGUCUCUCCCCCCCACAACCGCCGCUUCCCCCACCCCCGCAGGGCAGCAGUCCUAAGUGAUCAUUCAGACAUCCCUAGCGCUGCCGCGGAUGGUCAGUGUGCGUCAGCUCCUGCGUUGAGCGUCUGCCCCUAGGUGGUCAGUGCACGUCAUAGCAACCAGUGGUUCCACCGCUCAGUCGAUUUGCAUAUUAGUCUUUUAUUAUUUAGGAUGGGAUUGGCUGAAAUCGGCCUGCAGGAUCAGGCUGAAACUGGCUCUCCAACAUCCCCUGAGGGGUUCCAGAUUGCAAGAGGGCGCAGGCCAGGUCGAGGGACCCCACCGGUGCAUAAUCUGGGCUGGGGAGGGACACGGGAGGUUGGCCAGCCAGGGAGGGACUGUGGAAGGGCUCCAGGGCAUGUCCAGCCCAUCUCACUCAGUCCCAAUCCGCCAGACCCCAGCAGCAAGCUAACCUACCUGUUGGAGCAUCUGCCCCCUGGUGGUCAGUGCACGUCAUAGCGAGCAGUUGAGUGGCCUUAGCAUAUCAUUAGCAUACUACACUUUGAUUGGUUGAAUGGACAACCAGACACUUAGCAUAUUAGGCUUUUAUUAUAUAGGAUAGAAAUAUAAUCAAUUUGUAACAUAGUGUUAGAGUCACAGAGAAGAAAUGGGCAUAGAAGAAGGCUACAGGUAUAUUCUCUGAAUCCACAGUCAGCAGUUUUGUCAUCUUCUCCCAACACUGAACUGUUUCCAGUCCAUUGCAUUUAUUUUGGAACCCUUGCUUCUUAGGGGGUUCUUUAGGAAUAUAUGUGUUCAAGGUCAGUGGGUCACAGUCAUGGCUGUUUGGAAGUUUUGUUUCUUUGGACAGCAUGAGCAUUGGGCUUGAACGUUUCCCGGGGAAAUUCCUGUGCUGUUCUCUGGCCCUGCCCACCCAUCGGCCUGUGCAGAGGAGCAGCUUCCUCACCUUUUUUAAAAAAAUGUUUUCAUUGAUUUUUUUUUUUUUAGAGACAAGGGAAGGGAGAGGGAUGGAGAGAUAAAAAUGUCGACGCGAGAGAAACAUCAUCAAUUGGCUGUCUCCUGCAUGCCCCCUACUGGUGAUCCAGCCUGCAAGCCGGGCAUGUGCCCUGACCAGGAAUCCAACCAUAACCAUGACCUCUUGGUUCCUGGGUUGACACUCAACCACUGAGCCACACAGGCCAGGCUCCCCACCCUUUUCUUGAGGAGACUCCAGGCCCUGCUCUCAGACACUCAUUUGAGCUGCAUCUGUGCAGGUUUGUGAGGCUCCUGGCUCUCACAGGAAUCCAGGCCUUCCUUGAGGAUGGCCAUUGAAGGGGACAGCUGGGCAUGUUGACAAACUAGAAUAGCUGUGCUUCAGAAACUUUGCAGAGAGUGUAACGUCAGCCUACCACACGAGUAUGUAUCAGACUUGGAGAGAAUAUCAAGCAAAGAGGACAUAUCGGUUUUAUCUUCCAUGCCAACUGCUCAUGAUAGAUUGAGAUUGCUAGGGAGCCCAGGGAGCUCAGGGAGCUGGAGAGAACACCUUGAUCCAUGAGCCACGUCUGCCUGGAAGAAGGAAGGAGGGUGGGAAGGGCUGCCUGGACCUGACACUCACCUUCUGCACAGAUUCUCCCUGAACUAAGCCAGACGAGAAGAGCAUUCCCCCUGAACUACAUCGUUUUAGCUCACAUAGAAUCGUUUUACUGACUUGUGUUGUGAUAUCAUGCCAUUGGCUCUGUGAAAGUUGUUAUUAUAUUUACUGUAAAAAUGAAGCUAAGGCUGUUUUUUGUGUGUGUGUGUGUGUGUGUGUGUUUUUCUUCAGGAGAUUAUAUAGUAAUCUCUUUAUUGUAGGAAGUUCUCUUUCCUUUCAGAACCAUACAAAGAAUGAGCUUACCCUUGGAAAUUGCUGUGCUUUUGUCUCAUAGGCACAGAAUCAUCUGCAGGCACCUGCAAACUUUGUUUUUGUAAAAAGCCAGUUAGUAACUAUUUUAGGCUUUGCAGGUCUCUGUUACAACUACUCAGCUCUGCUAUUGUACCAUGAAUGCAGCCAUAAAUAACAUGUAAGUGAUCAGGUGUGGCUGUAUUCCAAUAAAACUUUAUUUGCAGAAAUAAGUGGUGGGACAGAUUUGACCAGCAGGCUCUGCUAUUUCAGCUACCAAUGUAAGCGAGUCUCUCUUUCCUUUGACUGCUAGGAAGCUUAGAAAGCUCGCAGUCUGAUCUCGCAUGUGAGUGGGCUUGAUAGGCUGAGCUUUAAAUCAGGCCUCCUAAUUUCAUCUAAACUUUCCUACUGUAAUUUCUCCUUUGUCCCAUUUCCUGUCUUUAAAAUAUAAGUGUUAUUUUAUUGUAUGUAUUUGUAUAAGCAGUUUUAAAUUUUUUUCUGAAAUAAAGCAAGGAAUUAAUAGUUA